AAACAGACCCACAGAGAGACAGAGAUUGCAGACCACACUUCUAACCCAACACUGAGAGGCAAAGCAUUCAUGCUUCUACAGAGUUUGUGCAUGUUUAAUAUAGAAAACUAAUUUCUGCACAGAGCAUCAUUUAGACUUUUUAAAAAUCGGCUGUGCAUUCGUUAGUUACCAAGUAGAAAAUAUGACGACUCCAAGCCGGCUUUUGAUUAAAGGAGGGAAGGUGGUAAAUGAGGAUUUUUCUGAGAUGGCAGACGUGUAUAUUGAAGAUGGAGUUAUCAGUGCAGUCGGCUCAGAUCUGCAGGUAGCAGCUGGCACAAGGGUCAUCGAUGCCACAGACAGACUCGUGCUGCCGGGUGGAAUAGACACUCACACACACAUGGAGCUGUCAUUCAUGGGCACCACAGCUGUGGAUGACUUUCAUACCGGUACCAAGGCUGCUGUUGCAGGAGGCACGACCAUGAUCCUGGACUUUGUCAUCCCACAGAAGGGGUGUUCACUCUUGGAAGCCUAUGAGCGGUGGAGAACAACGGCUGACCCCAAAGUCUGCUGUGAUUACUCCCUUCAUAUGGCAGUAACCUGGUGGGAUGACACUGUCAAGAAGGAAAUGGAGACUCUUGUUCGUGACAAAGGUGUCAACUCUUUUAAGAUGUUCAUGGCAUACAAAGACGUCUUCAUGCUGCGUGACCAUGAGCUGUAUUCUGUAUUUGCCCAGUGUAAAGAGAUCGGAGCAAUAGCUCAAGUCCAUGCAGAGAAUGGAGACCUUAUUGCAGAGGGUGCUAAGCGUAUGCUCUCUCUGGGCAUCACGGGUCCUGAGGGCCACGAGAUGUGUCGUCCGGAGGAAGUGGAGGCCGAAGCCACACAGCGUGCCGUCACUAUCGCCCAUGCUGUUAACUGCCCGCUCUACGUAGUGCACGUCAUGAGCAAAUCUGCAGCGAAGGUGGUGGCUAAUGCACGCAGAAGCGGUCGAGUGGUGUUUGGAGAGCCAAUUGCGGCUGGACUGGGCAUAGAUGGCACUCACUAUUGGCAUAAAGAUUGGGCUCAUGCUGCUGGUUUUGUCAUGGGUCCACCUUUGAGACCAGACCCCAGUACUCCUGGAUAUCUGAUGGAUCUGCUGGCCAAUGAUGAUCUAAGCGUAACAGGAACAGAUAACUGCACAUUCUCAGUAUGCCAGAAAGCCCUUGGGAAAGACGAUUUCACCAAAAUCCCAAACGGAGUCAAUGGUGUUGAAGAUAGGAUGUCUGUAAUAUGGGAGAAGGGAGUGCACAGCGGAAAAAUGGACGAAAAUCGGUUUGUAGCUGUCACCAGUACUAACGCAGCAAAAAUCUUCAACCUUUAUCCUCGAAAAGGAAGAAUUGCUAAAGGCUCUGAUGCAGACCUGGUCAUAUGGGACCCAAAGGCCACCAGGGUGAUUUCAGCAAAGACUCACCACCAGGCUGUGGACUAUAACAUUUUUGAGGGAAUGCUGUGUCAUGGAUGUCCAGAGGUCACGAUCUCCAGGGGGAAAGUGGUUUAUGAAAACUGUCAACUGUUCACAAAACCGGGCGCGGGACAAUACAUUCCAAGGAAACCCUUCUCUGAAUUUGUGUACAAGAGAAUUAAUCAGCGGGAAAAGGUUGGAAAGCCCAGUGCUGUGUGCAGAGAACCAUACACUGGAGAAAUAAUAUCUGUAGUCCCGAAAAGAUCAUGAAUCAUGGAAGGAAAAUGUUUCAUAAGGAUGUUUUAUAAGAUGAAUUUGCAGUAUCUACUUAAAAAGAAAGACUCCAAAAAAAGGGCUUUACAGUCUAAUGUCACAGAUGAAAAUUUUAUGGUGCUUUUUGGUGCUGCAAAGAACCCAGAAACCACUGCAAUGCUCUGAAGAACCAAAAAAAUUGUUCUCAUCCCCUAUAAACUACAUAUUUGUCUCAAGAAACCUCUAGAGUAUAAAAAAGGUGCUGCAAAGAACGACUGAAGGACCACUGAUCCAUUAGUGAUGAACAAUGAUCAGUUCUGAGAUUCUCCUGUUUUGUGUCUUGACUCACCUCCCAAAAAUUUUGUACAGUAUUAACAGAAUAAAUUUUUUUAGCUACAAAAUGUUUUAAUACAUUUUUAUAUUCUGUCAUGAUCAGACUCUGCGAAGACUUAUCAAAAGUGACACUUAAGACAUUUAUAAUAUUAAAAGAUUUAUAUUUCAAAUAAAUGCUAAAUACAAUAUGCACAAAUAUACAAAUAUAUACAAGUAAACCUAUUAAUUAACUGUUUACAACAUUGAUCAUAAAUGUUUCUUGAAAAUUCAGCUUUACUAUCAAUGGAAUGAAUUACGUAAAACAUAUUAAAUAGAAAAACAGUUGUUUUAAAUUGUAAUAAUAUUUCACAAUAGUAUUAUAUAACAAUACAAUAAAUUGUUUUUAUUUGUGAUCAAAUAAAAUGAGGUCAGGAUGAGGUUUUUCAAAACCAUUAAAAAAAUCUUACCAACUCUAAGCUUUUAAACAGAUGUCUAUGUUUUGUAUUCUAUAGGAUACAAGUUUAAAAUGUAUGCAUAUGCUCAUUGCUCAAAGACUACCAACUCAAUCGGAGUCUGUUAACCCCUGAAGAGUAAAAUGAAAACCAUGGACCUGGUCACACACAGUGUGCAAUGACCACUAGGGGUCCUUGGUUCAUACAGCACAGAUUAAUCACUAAGACACCAUGGAUCAUGGGCACCAUUAUCCAUUUGCCCCCUAAACACUGAUCACUGGGUCAUCACAAACAGGACACCUCCUUACUGUAUACAGUAAAAUAAAGUAAAGUAAAAUAUAAAGAUUGCGUUGUGAAUGUACUCUAUCAAACCUGCGAUUAUGGCUGAUUUGUUGCAGACUUCAAAGCAUAUUUACUGCAUCAAGGUUUGUCCUCUGCUUAUGGAAGAGUAAGGGGCACCAAAAACUGGGCUGCAAUAAAAACAGGAAACUUCAUAAA